AUGCUAGUCUCCAAGGAGAAACUUGGAAGACAAAGGCAAGUCCUGGUUUUCUUUGUUUUACUCAGAUUGUCUAGGGCGGGUACUGAGUUGGGGCCUUAUUCGGUGGUUGAAGAAACCGAGAGAGGCUCCUUUGUGGCAAACCUAGGGGUGGACCUGGGGGUGCACCUGACAGAGCUGUCCACCCGAGGGGCUCGGAUUAUUUCCCAGGGACAAAAGGAGCACUUGCAGCUGAAUGUUCAGACUGGGGAUUUGCUCAUUAAUGAGAAACUAGACAGAGAGGAGUUAUGUGGCUCCACUGACCCAUGUGUAAUACAUUUCCAAGUGCUCCUGGAAAAGCCCUUAGAGAUAUUUCAGGCUGAACUGAGAGUAAGCGAUGUAAAUGACCAUUCCCCCGUCUUCACUGAAAGAGAAAUGACUCUAAAAAUACCGGAAAACAGUCCCCGGGAGCAUAUGUUCCCUCUGAAGAAUGCUCUGGACUUGGACGUUGGAAGCAACAAUGUUCAGAACUACAGCCUCAGCCCCAACUCCCAUUUCCAGGUUCUCACCAGCAAGCGCAGUGAUGGUAGGAAAUACCCUGAGCUGGUGUUGGAUAAAGAGCUGGACCGGGAGGAGGAGGCUGAAUUCAGAUUAACCCUCACGGCGCUGGAUGGCGGCUCUCCUCCCAGGUCUGGGACCGCCCAGGUCCGCGUUGAAGUAGUGGAUAUAAAUGACAACGCCCCUGAGUUUGAGCAGACUCUCUAUAAGGUGCAGGUUCCUGAGGACAGCCCCGUAGGCUCCCUGGUUGCCACGGUCUCUGCCAGCGAUUUAGACAGUGGAACCAAUGGGAAAAUAGCGUACACACUCUUUCAGCCUUCUGCAGAUGUUAGCAAAAUUUUAGAGGUUGAUCCCAUCACUGGAGAAAUUCGUCUAACAACCCAAGUAGAUUAUGAAACAAUUCUGUCUUAUGAAGUUGACAUCGAGGCCAAGGAUGGAGGGGGUCUUUCCGGGAAAUGCACUCUUCUCCUGCAGGUGAUGGAUGUGAACGAUAAUGCCCCCAAAGUGAUCCUAUCCGCACUCACCAGUCCCAUCCCAGAGAACUCGCCCCAGCUUGUAGUUGCUGUGUUCAGUGUUUUGGACCCUGACUCCGGGGACAAUGGAAAGACAGUUUCUACCAUCCAAGAUGACCUUCCCUUCCUUCUGAAACCUUCAGUCAAGAACUUUUACACGCUGGUAACAGAGAGAGAACUAGACAGAGAAACAAGAGCCGAGUACAAUAUCACCAUCACUUUCACAGAUCUGGGUACUCCUCGCUUGAAAACCGAUUUCGGCUUAACCGUGCUGGUCUCCGACGUGAAUGACAACGCGCCCACCUUCUCCCAAGCCUCCUACACCCUGUUCAUCCGCGAGAACAACAGCCCCGCCCUGCACAUGGGCACCAUCAGCGCCACAGACAGAGACUCAGGAGCCAACGCCCAGGUCACCUACUCGCUGCUGCCGCCCCACGACCCGCACCUGGCCCUGGCCUCCCUGGUGUCCAUCAACGCGGACAAUGGCCACCUGUUCGCGGUGAGGUCGCUGGACUACGAGGCCCUGCGAGCCUUCGAGUUCCGCGUGGGCGCCACUGACGCGGGCUUCCCCGCGCUGAGCAGCGAGGCGCUGGUGCGCGUGGUGGUCGUGGACGACAAUGACAACGCGCCCUUCGUGCUGUACCCCAUGCAGAACGGCUCUGCACCCUGCACCGAGCUGGUGUCCAGGGCGGCCGAGGUGGGCUACCUGGUCACCAAGGUGGUGGCGGUGGACAGCGACUCUGGCCAGAACGCCUGGCUGUCCUACCAGCUGCUCAAGGCCACGGAGCCCGGGCUGUUCAGCGUGUGGGCGCACAAUGGCGAGGUGCGCAUGGCCAGGGUGCUGAGUGAGCGCGAGGCACCCAAGCACAGGCUCCUGGUGCUGGUCAAGGACAAUGGGGAGCCGCCCCUGUCUGUCACCGUCACUCUGCACGUGCUCCUGGUGGAUGGCUUCUCUCAGCCCUACCUGCCUCUGCCUGAGGUGGCCCCUGAGGAGCCCCACGCUGACUCCCUCACUGUCUACUUGGUCAUCGCGCUGGCCUCGGUCUCCUCUCUCUUCCUCUUCUCUGUGGUCCUGUUCAUCACCCUGAGGCUGUGCAGGAGGAGCAGGGCCACUUCAGUAAAUCGCUUCUCAGUAAUAGAGGGCCAAUUUCCGGGCCACUUAGUGGACUUCAGUGGCACCGGGACCCUGUCCCAGAGCUACCAAUAUGAGGUGUGUCUGACAGGGGGUUCUGAGACCAAUGAGUUCAAAUUCCUGAAGCCAAUUAUUUCUGGCUUUCCUCUUCAGAACACUCCUGGUGAAAUCGAGGAAAACUCUGCUCUCCACAAUAACUUUGGGCUCAACUAUUGA